GGGAGGAGCUGUGCAGCCCGAGGGGCGGCCGGGAACCGGGAGCGGGGCACGCCAUGGGAGGUGGUUUGCCACUCGCACCUCCCUCGGGGUGGUGCAGAACCCUGCACAGCCAUGUAUAAGGUGGGGCUGCUGCUGGGCGUCUGUGCCCGGUCGUGGAAGUCGAUACGGAUGGCCAGCUCCAAGGUGGCGCGCCGGGACCCGCUUGCGAAUAAGGUGGCCCUAGUAACGGCCUCCACCGAAGGGAUCGGUUUGGCCAUUGCCAGGCGUCUGGCCCAAGAUGGGGCCCGUGUGGUGAUCAGCAGCCGGAAGCAGCAGAACGUGGACCGGGCGGUGGCAGCGCUGCAGGGGGAGGGGCUGAGUGUGACAGGCACUGUGUGCCACGUGGGGAAGGCUGAGGACCGGGAGCGGCUGGUGGCCAUGGCUGUGAAGCUUCACGGAGGCAUCGACAUCCUGGUCUCCAAUGCCGCUGUCAACCCUUUCUUUGGAAACCUAAUGGAUGUCCCUGAGGAGGUGUGGGACAAGAUUCUGGACAUUAAUGUGAAGGCCACAGCCCUGAUGACAAAGGCAGUGGUGCCAGAGAUGGAGAAACGAGGAAGUGGCUCAAUAGUGAUUGUGGCCUCCAUAGCAGCCUACAGCCCAUUUCCUGCCCUGGGCCCUUACAAUGUUAGUAAAACAGCCUUGCUGGGCCUGACCAAGAACCUGGCCAUAGAGCUGGCCCAGAGGAACAUUAGGGUAAACGCUCUGGCACCCGGACUCAUCAAGACUAACUUCAGCAAAGUGUUGUGGAUGGACAAGGCGAGAGAGGAUGCGAUAAAAGAAGCCCUGCGGAUACGAAGGCUAGGCAAGCCAGAGGACUGUGCAGGCAUUGUGUCUUUCCUGUGCUCCGAAGAUGCCAGCUACAUCACUGGGGAAACAGUGGUAGUGGGUGGAGGGGCACCAUCCCACCUCUGAGUACCUGGAGAGAGCCCACAAGAACAGAGAUUGGGCUCCAACAUCUGGUCCAGUUCCUGCAUUCAUGGACUGGCCUUUUCCCACCUCUGCCUAUCAUACUGCUCUCCUUAUACCCUACCCCCACCCCUCCCCCAAAUCAAUUCUGCCCUGUGACAAGAUCCAGCCUUCCCUGCUGUCAAGGUUUGGUCUUAUGAGGAUUCCUGCUGUUGCCCUAGCCUUGAAUAAAGACUUCCUCUGAGGACACAAGACAGGCCUGCUGAGAAGGCUGACUUUACCCUGACAAAGACCAACUAAUUUUAUAUACAUAUGCAUCCCCUUCCCCCCCUCCAACUGAGAAAUUUGAGGGAAAUGGAAGAGAAGCAGCCUGGAGUUAAAGGAGGGGGCAGGAAGGUUGGAAUUUAACAAUCUGCAAAUGAGGUACAAAUAAAAUGUAAAUGAUCAUGGUGAUUUUAAA